AUCAUGAUCCGCUGCUCGGGAUCCAUUGAGCAACCUGGCCCGGGCCAACACGAAGCUAAACGGAUUCGGUGGUCUGCCUCCCCUGUCAGACACCUUGAGACGAUUAUUGCAGUUUUCCAGAUUUCUCGAGCACAACUAGCAUAAAACGUCAGUCCGUUAAAUUUCCCCGUGUCUGCAAGCUGCGGUGUUGGUAACAGGACCGGCAGACAGUCGGGCGCCAGGCUGGUCGUGUAGUCAGGAGCACCGCAGCCUUGCGUCAAAGCCAGCUAAAGCUAAACCGUGGUAGGGCAAGUCAGCAAGAAAGACGGGUAACAGCCACGUUACCUCCGGGUAGCUAGCCAGACAGCAGACAGGUUAUUUUUGUCACGGUUGCUGGCGUACACACGCUCCGUUUUAGUCGCGUGAACUAGCCCGACAUAUGUGCAAAAGCUGUCAGUGCGGUCGGUUGAAAUAACGUUACAGCUCAUUUAGACCCGGCUUUUGGGACGUAGUAUUUCCACUUACUAGCUAUCUAAAACGACCACACAUUUUGAAAUAUAGGUCAAAUAUAGGGGAUUUCGGUUAUUUGCGCAACAUUUUGUUGAAUUGUAAAGGGGCCUCAUAGCACAACAUAUGAGGCCCAGUUGAAAAGAUGGACCUGCAUUUUUAUUCGGAUUUAACGGACGGUACUGGACCUCACGACGGUGAUCCAGAGUUCUUGGAUCCGCAGUCGUUCAAUGGAUUUGACACUGACAAUAAGUUCCCUGGAGGCAGUGACAACUACCUGACAAUAUCUGGGUCUGGCCAUCCCUUCCUCUCCUCAUCAGAGUGUUCCACUAAACCCAUUGAGCUCUUCAACCUCGCUGGAUCUGCUGGUGGAACAUUUCACACUCCCAGCCUUGGCGAUGAGGAGUUCGAAAUACCUCCCAUCUCCUUGGAUCCGGACUCGGCCCUCACCGUCUCGGAUGUGGUGUCCCAUUUCGGGGAGCUGUCGGACACCGGCCCCUCUAACAGCGUGGUGGUACCCGGGAACGCUGUGGUCGAAGGGGACGACCCCUCGUUCGCCUCCACUUUCGUUAACGCCCCCUCCCAGGGACUGGAGCACCUCAGUCUGGGAGUCAUCAACCAGUCAGGAGGAAGUGCUUUGUUGGGGUCGUCACUGGGAAUGGAUCUCGGUCAUCCCAUCGGCUCUCAGUUCAGCAGCUCGUCUCCAGUGACCAUCGACGUCCCGCUGGGCGACAUGAGCCAGGGCCUGCUGGGAUCCAACCAGCUGACCACUAUCGACCAGUCAGAGCUCAGCGCGCAACUGGGGCUCGGCUUGGGAGGCGGGAACAUAUUGCAACACCCCCAGUCGCCUGAUAACCCUCUGUCGGCCACGGCGUCGCCCACUAGCUCGCUCCAGGAUGACGACAUGGAUGACUUUAGAAGAAGCGUCCUUGUGGAAUCUCCGGUCUCUCUGGCUGUCAUCUCCCUCGAUCCCUCCCUGUCCGAGUCCCCACUCUCUGCAUCCACCUCCACCAUCUCUCCUGCUGUCGGGCGGAAAGGAGGAGCAGGAGGGAAGAAAGGGAAGAAGAAAAAAGACCCCAACGAACCUCAGAAACCUGUGUCGGCCUACGCUUUGUUCUUCAGGGACACGCAGGCAGCUAUUAAGGGACAAAACCCCAACGCUACUUUUGGAGAAGUGUCUAAGAUAGUGGCCUCCAUGUGGGACAGCCUCGGGGAGGAGCAGAAACAGAUUUACAAGAGGAAAAAUGAAGCGUCAAAGAAGGAUUACUUGAAGGCGCUGGCAGAGUACAGAGCCGGCCAGAUUAUUGAACAGAUGUCCACAGUAUGUACAGCACAGAUGCAGAGCACUCCUUUUCUGCCCCGGCUGCAGCAGAUGGUGCACGCCCAGGCCCCCCCCCCACUACAGGCCAAGCCACGAGCUGCUGUAGCAGCUGCCACAGCUCCACCUCCGCUGCAGAUCAAGUUCAUCCCAUCACCGCGGCAGUCGGAUUCAAGCGUGCCUAUCAUUGUGACGUCAGCCGGUGAAACACCAACGUCAGUGAGCUCCUCCGGUCUGACGGUACGGGUGGGCCAGUCGGCUGAUGUGGUGACGGGAGGAGAGGAAGUGGCGGAGGCAGAGGAAGGGAUGGAGGUUGAGGUGAGCGUUGCUCCUGUCCCGAGUGUGACUCCCGCCGCCAGCCGUAACAUUUGUGUGCGCGCCGGCUGCACCAAGCCCGCUGUGGAGAGCAAAGACUGGGACAAGGAGUACUGUAGCAAUGAGUGUGUCGCCACACACUGCAGAGAUGUGUUCAUGGCCUGGUGCGCCAUCCGAGGGCAGAACUCCACCACUGUCACAUAGGGAAAGGACACUUCUGAUGUAGAAGGAGCGCUACACAGAGAGAAAAGGACAAAGACUGAAAUGCAAAUGAACAUAGGAAUGAUUGAAUGACCAGGCUCCGGUAGCGCCAGAAUAAUGGUUUGUUUUGUCAUCUUGAUGAGUACAAAGACAAGAGAGUCGCAGGUUUGAAGAUUUAAAAAAAAAUAAAAAUAAAAUCACUACAAUGUACUUUUCUAUGGUCGACGCGUUCACUCUGCAAAAGUGGCUCUCCAGCAGCGAAAUAACUAAAUUAUUUGGAAAUGCUGCAGUGGAAAUGACAUCUCACAAUGAGGUCAAAUGGAUGAACACUCAAGAAAAUGCAGAAGAAGAAACUUCCAAGGAUCAUCUAUUGUGAAUCUGAAAUAUAGACUUGAUGAAAAAAGAAAGAAAAAGAUCAUUUUAUAUUGAAUUAUGUUUUUAAUUGUUUUGAAAAGAAGAAAAAAGUGCAGGAUGAAAAUCAUGAAUCUUGAGUUAAUUUUUAUUAAUUUAUAUAAUUCCAAAUGAUGUGUGUACACUCUUCCCUUUACUGUUACAUUGAAGAUUGAUUGAUUCGAAUGAAAUCUUAAGAAGCCAUUUUUGUUUACUUGUUCUUCGGUAAAGUGCGGGUGCUUUGGUGUGGAGAGGGUCAGUGGCUACUUUUGAGAUUUAACGUACAAACAACAACUGGGCAAAGCACAAACAAUCUUAAAUGUAGUUUGGAGUUCUACAAGUGGCCAAAAUGUUUUUAAGAAGCCAUUUUGAGACAUCUUGGUAAUGAAUCAGCCACCAGCCAGUCAGUUUUAUAAGCCACUUUGGGGGGGAAUGAUCUACCAUCAUGCAAAGGUUUUUACUCAAACUUUCAGAACAGGUGCUAAAAUUCAGGAAAAAAACGAACUCUAUUGUUCUUUCUCCUCUCCUGCUAUAAUACCCCAACACAUAAGAACUUUUCAAAUACGUGGUGCAAAUUUAGUUUUAUGAAGAAUAAAUAGAAUUUGUGGGCAAAUUUGGUGAAAAGAAUGUAAUGAAAUAAACAAACCAGCCCUGACAGCACUACUGUAAGGGAACAGGGAAUACACCACAUAAAGCUUUACUUUUUGCGUAACUGGAUUUCAUUUAAGAACAUUGCUUUCAGGUCUGUUUUAUGUUUAAGGAAGGGAAUGUCUUUUUUUCCCCCAAAAAAGUUCCUAUUUAAAUGAAAUUAUGCUGUGAUCUGGCCUGGUUUAAUGUAGAUAUCCUGGAAAUGUUUUUAAUGGUGAAAUAAAAUAUUUUAUGUUUUAUUA